AGAGCUCUCCAGCCCUCCUUCCUUCCGCCAGGGAGAGUGAGAGCGACAGUAGUGGAAUGGGGGAGUGAGACAUUGUAGCAGGCAGGAUGCUACCACUGCUACCGAUCUGUUUUUAUUUCAUUACUACUGCACCUUUGUGAUUGAUAAAGGAACUGACGCAAGCACCAGGACAUGUAUCUAUUGAAUCCAUUCUAUAGCUGCCGAUGCUCUGCUUCCUGGCUGCAGCAGCUGUCUGUAGUGUCUAAUAGUCUCUCUGUGUGGUGCUCCUGAAUGAUUUCUAGGUGGGCUUGAUAAUUAUGUCAUAAGCAGCUGACACUAAUUGUACAUCCCUAGCGUCUCUCAAUGGAUCUGCCUGGACAAACGGAGCGGAUGUGAUGUGAGAUCCAUAGAGGAUACUGCUGCUACAGCUUCUGAUGAGCAUUUACUGGCCACAUCACGUUACACUGGAUCUGGAUGUGAACAAAUGCAACUGAACUCCUCUUGAUGAGAAAGGAAUCUCUACCUCUGCGAGGUGGAGCCGCUCGCUGCUGCCUAGCUCUGGUCUCUCUGCUCCGCUCCUCUCUGAGAGUGAUGAGAGUACAAGAGAGAGACGGGGGGAGAGAGAGAGAGAGGUAAAGAGAAAGUGAGAGGUACUAGAGAGAGAACCAGAGAGAGGGCGAGAGAACAGAUAGAUAAACAGAGAGAGAGAGCGGUACUAGACAGACAGAGAGAGAGAAACAGAGCGAGAGGUACUCUAGAGAGAGAGUGAACCAUCUGACAGUCAGACAAUGAAUGUCAGUGUGUAGUGGAGAGUGGUUCAUUUCUGCCUGCCUGACAGUGUGGCACUGUGUGAAGCAGCUGUCUCUUUUUCUGCUCUGAUACUCUAAUAGGCCAAUAAGCGCAGUAAUGCAGAAGCUGUAGAGCGGAGAGAAGAGACACAAGCCUCUUAUGACUACAGUACAGGGAUGAUGCUUUGAGGACCAGACUGAGAAGUGCUCUGAGGAUUCAGGGUUUCAGACUGCAGAGUGUAGACCGAGAGAGAGCUGCUGUGCUGUACAUACCUGAGAUACUGCAGUUAAUCGCUGCACCUUUAUAACACAUUCAGCAUGGAUCUGGAUGAACUGUGUACUUACACAGAUGGCAUGGACAACAGCUCCCUAAAGUACCCAAAGACUGAGCAGACUGAGAAAAUGUGGAUGCGACUCAAGGGAAUGCAGAAGUACAAAAACACGUCUCAAAGAUUGAGAUGCCUGGUGAAGCAACUAGACAAGGGAGAAGUGAAUGUGGUGGACCUGAGGAAGAAUAUAGAGUAUGCAGCCUCUGUUCUAGAGGCAGUCUAUAUUGAUGAAACCAGGCGUCUUCUGGACACUGAGGAUGAGCUCAGUGACAUCCAGACGGACUCUGUUCCAAUGGAGGUGCGGGAUUGGCUGGCCUCGACCUUCACCAGGAAGAUGGGCGUGGUCAGGAGACGACCCGAGGAGAAACCACGGUUCAAGAGCAUCGUGCAUGCCGUGCAGGCUGGCAUCUUUGUCGAGAGGAUGUACAGGCGGACAUCUAACAUGGCUGGAUUGACGUACCCUCCAGCUGCCAUCGCUGCUUUGAAGGAUGUAGAUAACUGGUCCUUUGAUGUGUUUGUGCUCCACGAGGCCAGCAGUGAACACGCAUUAAAGUUCCUGGUCUACGAACUGCUCACCCGAUAUGACCUGAUCAACCGCUUCAGGAUACCAGUGUCAUCUCUGGUAUCCUUUGUAGAGGCUCUAGAGUUAGGCUACAGCAAACACAGAAACCCCUACCAUAACCUGAUCCACGCUGCUGACGUCACACAGACAGCACACUAUCUGAUGCUCCACACUGGCAUCAUGCACUGGCUCACUGAACUGGACAUCCUAGCCAUGGUGUUUGCUGCAGCUAUCCAUGACUUUGAACACACUGGGACAACCAACAACUUUCACAUUCAGACCAGGUCAGAGGUGGCCAUCCUGUACAACGACCGGUCAGUCCUGGAGAACCACCAUGUCAGUGCUGCGUACAGACUUAUGCAAGAGGAUGAGAUGAACAUACUGGUCAACCUGUCAAAAGAUGACUGGCGAGAGCUGCGGACCCUGGUGAUUGAGAUGGUGAUGAGUACAGACAUGUCCUGCCAUUUCCAGCAGAUCAAAAGCAUGAGGAACGCCCUGCAGCAGCCUGAGGGAGUAGACAAGGCUAAAGCCCUAUCUCUGAUGCUGCAUGCAGCUGACAUCAGUCACCCAGCCAAGGCCUGGAAGCUGCACUACCGAUGGACACAGGCCCUGAUGGAGGAGUUCUUCAGACAGGGCGAUAAAGAGGUUGAGUUAGGGCUGCCAUUCUCUCCUCUGUGUGAUCGUAAAGCUACCAUGAUCGCACAGUCACAAAUAGGGUUCAUUGACUUCAUAGUGGAACCCACAUUCUCUGUGUUGGUGGACACGACCGAGAAGAUCAUUACCCCUCUAAUAGAGGAUACCUUAAAGUCACAUGACACUGGCGUACGCAGGUCAAGCUUGACGGGUAGUGGGUCGGUGACGGUGGUUGAGUCAGUCCAGAAACAUAGUGGCCGAGGAUCCAGCCAGGGGGUUGACCAGGGGCUCACUACAGACUACAGCCUGACUGGCAUCGACCUGAAACGGGUCAGACACACAUUGGCAGAGGUCAUCCAACACAACAAAGACCGAUGGAAGGAGCUCUCUGUACAAGAGUUGGCGAGUAAAGAGCGAGCUGAGUUGAACACUGACCCAGAGGAGAUGGAGGAGUCCCAGAUGAAAACAGAGGUUACAUUGACUCACACCAGCCCUGAGAGACACAGCCAGGAGCUCCAAUCAGAGCCCUUCAAUGAACUGAUGAACAACACAAACUCCAAUAACUCUUCCCAGGAGGACUCAGAGCUGGACCACCAUCCUCACAGUUCUCUGUCCCCAUGUGAGGAUAAAGAGACAACAUCACCUGGCUCCAUCUCUCCUGAACGCCUACCAUGGAACGGAGCAGGCCCUGGGGCAGUCCUUGAGUCAGGGGAGGAGUCUCUUCAGAGCCCUUGAUUCUGAUAAGCUACCCAACAAUGCUGCCACUUCCUGAUUUUAUUCUACUUUACCUUUAUGUAACGAGGCAAGUCAGUUAAGAACAAAUUCUUAUUUACAAUGAUGGCCUAUCCCGGCCAAACCCUAACGACACUGGGCCAAUUGUGUGCCGCCCCUGAUUCACCAUAUUUGUUUGUUAGCUUUUUUUAUUGUAAAUUUGUUCUGAUUGAUGUUAUUGUAUUGUUAUUUAUUAAAGAUGGGGAUCUUCUUGCUCCUCUUUGCACCGCAA